AAUACUCUCCACUUGGAGACGCCCCGUACGUCGAUCAGUAACAGACACACCAACUGUACACGUAUAUAAUACUCCGUAUGGCAGUGGUCGGGUUCCACCGAUGAGCCGGCAGCGACGACACACCGCCGGCACGAGCCACAUUUUCUGCAGAGGCGACCGGCGAUCAAUGGAGAUGUAUGGCGCCGUUCCCCGGCCUCGGCUCCUCCUCCUCCUCCUCCUCGCGGUCGUGUUUUGGGUUUGCUUACUCCACUUCCGCCUGUCCGUGCUCAUCAGUGGCGUGGCGGUCGCGCCGAUGGAGCGCAUGGCGUCGUUUGCGGCGGGCCACGAGAGCCGCGGCGACGACGGGGACAAAGACCCUUGCCGGGGGCGACGCGUGUAUAUCCAUGACCUCCCGCCGCGCUUCAACGCCGACAUACUCAGUGGCUGCGGCAGGACGGACGGGCGCUGGCCCAACAUGUGCGAGCAAGUGAGCAACGCCGGCCUCGGGGAGCCGCUGCCCGAGCCCAACCUGGAGGGCAAAGGGGAGGGCGCGGGCGGCUGGUACGCCACGCAGCAGUUCGCGCUGGACCCCAUCUUCCACGGCCGCAUGCUACGCUACGGCUGCCUCACCAACGACUCCUCCGAGGCGGCGGCGGUGUUCGUCCCGUUCUACGCCGGCUUCGACUUCGCGCGGCACCACUGGGGCUACGACAACGCCACGCGGGACGCCGCCUCGCUCGACCUGGAGCGCUGGCUCGUGCGCCGCCCGGAGUGGCGCAGGGCGGGCGGCCGCGACCACUUCCUCGUGGCGGGGCGCACGGCGUGGGACUUCCGGCGCCACACCUGCCCCAGCCCGACCUGGGGCACCAACCUCCUCUUCCUACCGGCCGCCAAGAACAUGACCGUGCUUGUCGUCGAGUCGUCGACCACGCCCGGCCACGGCAACGACAUGGCUGUACCAUACCCCACCUACUUCCACCCACGGACAGACGACGACGUCCUGCGCUGGCAGCGCAGGAUCAAGAGCGCCGACCGACCGUGGCUCAUGUCCUUCGUGGGCGCGCCGCGACCGGGAGACCCGCGGUCCAUCCGAUCGCAGAUCAUCGCCCAGUGCGGCGCCUCGUCCGCGUGCCGGCAGCUGGGCUGCGCCAACGGCGCCACCCAGUGCCACACCCCGGGGGACAUCAUGCGGCUCUUCCAGAGCUCCACCUUCUGCCUCCAGCCGCCGGGGGACUCGUACACGCGGCGGUCGGCGUUCGACGCCAUGGUCGCCGGCUGCGUGCCCGUCUUCUUCCACCCGGCGUCCGCCUAUCUCCAGUACCGGUGGCACCUGCCGGAGGACCACGCCAGGUACUCGGUGUUCAUACCGGACGACGCCGUGCGCGUCGGGAACGUGAGCAUCGAGGACACGCUGAGAAGGAUACCGCGAGCGGCGGUGCGGAGGAUGCAGGAGGAGGUCAUCAGGCUCGUGCCGAGCCUGGUGUACGCUGACCCGAGGUACUCGCUCGAGACAGUCAAGGACGCAUUCGACGUCGCCGUGGAAGGUGUCCUAGAGAAGGUGGCGGAGUCGAUGCGGGAAGUCAAAACUGAGCGUCGUCGAUCCAAGUGGCUAGACAAGAUUUGGUCCGAGUAAUA